CACGUGCUAAAGUGUAAACAAAGAAUAUAGACGCUGCUUCUAUAUUCUUUGGUGUAAACUAACCUCUUUCGGUUUUAUUUGGGCUUUAUUCAAGCAGAGUAAAAAUUAAACUUAACUACAAUUAAAAUUAAAUUAAACAUGUCAUCAAGUGAGAGUGAAAUUAGUAAACCGAAAAUGAAAAAAAUUAAAUAUUUCCAAAAGUAUAAAGAAGAAUGGGAAAAAUUACCAGAGUUUGUAGGAUGGUUGAAAAAGAGUACCAAAGGUGAACUUGCAUUUUGUAAAAGUUGUAAUAAAGACAUUAAUAUAAAAAGUGGAAAGGACUCAAUUAUUAAACAUUCUAAUACAAAUAUUCACAAACAAAAAUGUAACGCUAUUGCUACACAGAGACCAAUUACUAGGUUUAUGAAAACGGGUAUAUCUUCUAAAACACUAGAAGAAUCUUCUAAAACACUAGAAGACUCUCCUAAAACACUAGAAGAAGAAAUAAAAGAAGCGAAAAUACGUUUGGAAGCAUUUAUUGCAAAACAUAAUUUACCACCUUGCGCUAUAGAACAUCUCCCACAUUUAAUUAAAAAAAUUCUUCCCGAUUCUAAAAUUGCUGAGGGACUAGCAUCUAGUUGGACGAAGACUUCAGCGAUAGAGUAAAUGUUUAGGAUGUGAAAGUUUUCAAUUAUCUUGUCAAGAAUUAGGAUGAAAGAAAUUUUUUUUUGAUCAUCAAUGAAUCAACAGAUUAAUCCACAUAUGUACAAUGAAACAUUUAUGUUUAGUGGUUAGGUAUGUUAAUGACAAUAAUAGUUUUGAAUAAAAAUAAACUUGUGU